AUGGAUUUUGAUGCAAUAUUAGAGGACGUCGGUACAUUCGGCCGGUAUCAGAAAUUGGUGAUUUACUUUAUCUUGCUGCCGGCGGUCAUUCCUUGCGGGUUUCAUGCGUAUGCGCAGCUCUUCAUGGCAGCGGAUGUCAAACAUUGGUGCAGAGUGCCUGAGUUAGAACAUCUAGAGAAUGUAGAACUUAUAAAAAACUUAAGCAUCCCACUGGAGCUCAAAAAUGGUGAGCUCGAAUACUCCCAAUGUAGCAUGUACAACUUAAAUUAUAGUGAACUAUUGAAAAGCUACCCAGAUAUUGAAAUAGGUGAUUUCGCAGAAAUAACUCCUUGUACUGAUGGAUGGAUGUAUGAUAAGAAUAUAUACAAGAACACAGUUGUAACGGAGUGGGAUUUGGUAUGCAACAAGGAUUUCUUCCCUACACUUGGCUUGGUGCUGCUGGCAGUUGGCGGUAUAAUUGGAAAUUAUAUUUUCGGAUACCUUCAAGACACUUUUGGGAGAAAGCCUUCCUUCUUUAUUUAUUUGGCAAUAGAAUGUGUUUUCGGUGUAGCAACGGCGUUUGCACAGAAUUACUAUAUAUGGAUCAUUUACAGAUUUGGUGUCGGUUUUACUGUACCUGCCAUCAUGGCGACACCUUACGUUUUGGCAAUAGAACUUGUAGGUCCUAAUAGCCGGACACUAUGUACUAUUCUAUCAAAUAUUGCGUAUUCGAUGGGAUUAAUUUUGCUGGCCGGUGUAGUCUACUUGGUUCGAGAUUGGCGUUAUUUAGCAUUAGCAAGUACGCUUCCAUUUACCUGCUUUUUUAUUUAUCUAUGGCCAAUGCCGGAAAGUCCCAGAUGGCUAUUAGCGAGGGGGCAAUUCGAAAGGGCAGAAGUCAUCUUAAAGAAUAUGGCCAGGAUAAAUGGUAAAUCUUUACCGGCAAACUACAUGGUGCAUUUACGAAGAAAAUACGAAUCGGACAAACUUAAGGCGGAUUUAGAAAAGGAGAAAUCACGAAAAUACGGAAUCUUAGACCUUUUCAGAACACCAAAUUUGAGGAAAAAAACAAUCAUUAUCACGUUUAUUUGGUUUACAAACACAAGUGUGUAUGUUGGUCUCUCGUACUAUGCACCAGUUCUUGGAGGUGAUGAAUUUCUAAAUUUUUUCUUAGCUGGUGUAGUUGAGCUACCUACGUAUAUGUUUUUAUGGCCCUCUAUGGAAAGAUUAGGUAGACGUUGGACAUUGUGCAUGAGUAUGGUGGUCGGCGGUGUUGCCUGUUUGACUACAUUUUUGGUACAGCAUGAAACAAAUGUGACUCUUGCUCUCUACUGCGUUGGCAAAAUGGGAAUAUCGUCGGCUUUUGUGGUGUUGCCUUUAAUGGCUUCUGAAUUAUAUCCAACCGUUGUUAGAGGCCUCGGCAUGAGUUUAAGCUCAGUACUAGGAAUGCUUGGGCCGAUAUUUAUUCCAUUAGUAAACUAUUUGGGCUCUGACAUUAUGGUUCUACCGUUAAUCAUAAUGGGUGCAUUAUUAGUGGCUGGUGGUAUUGCGAGUUUGCUUCUCCCAGAAACAUUAAAUCAGCAUUUGCCACAAACAUUAGAAGAUGGCGAGCGAAUGGGCUUAGAUACAGAAUUCUGUUGCAAUCCACCUGUAAAAGAAACAAAACAAUCUUCGGACCAAGAAGAUCACGAAAGAAGCCAAAUAAACUGUAAAGACUGCAACGCACUAUGUUCUUGCCAAAUGAUUAAUGUAUCUUUACAAGAAGAUGUAGCUGCAAUUAUAGAUAAAAAUAAUGAAAAAGUGGAAUUUGUAGUAAUAAAA